GCAUAAUUUUCAUAUGUAAAUGGCUACCUUAAACAGUCCACUUAUCUGUCUCCCCAGGACUCACCAACUAACUUCCAUAACAGACAAUAACUACCGCAUCUUUGCAACUCAUCCAACGCUGUCACUAAUAGAUCAAUGUCCAAAUCUCAAACAUCUCCAACAAAUUCAUGCUCAUAUGCUCCGCACUGGUCUAUUCUUUGACCCCUUUUCAUCCAGUAAACUAAUAGCAGCCAUGGCUCUUCCUCCUGUGUCAAGCAUUGAGUAUGCACGCAAGGUGUUUGAUCAGAUUCCCCAACCAAAUCUUUUUACCUGGAAUGCCCUCAUUCGGGCUUAUUCGUCGAGUAACGAACCGCUGCAGAGCCUGAUAUUGUUUUUGCAGUUACUUUAUCAGUGUGAUGAACUGCCUAAUAAAUUUACAUUCCCAUUUGUUAUUAAAGCUGCAGCACAGCUUUCGGAUUAUGGGAUGGGAAGGGUUGUUCAUGGAAUGGCAGUGAAGACUGCGCUUACUUUGGAUUUGUUUGUUGUUAAUUCUCUUAUUUCUUUUUAUGCUACGUGUGGGCGUUUAGAUUUGGCGUAUCGGGUUUUUGGUAGUAGUUCUAGAAGGGACGUUGUUUCUUGGAAUUCAAUGAUAACGGGGUUUGCUAAAGGGGAUUAUCCUGAUCAGGCGUUGGAGUUGUUUCAGGUGAUGCAAGCAGAAGGGGUGGCUCCAAAUUCUGUCACAAUGGUGGGUGCUUUUUCUGCUUGUGCAAAAAAGUCGGAUUUGGAAUUUGGGAGGUGGCUGCACUCGUAUGUGGAAAUGAAUGGUAUUCGAAAGGACCUGACUUUGUCUAAUGCAAUGCUUGAUAUGUAUACAAAAUGUGGGAGCCUUCAAGAUGCGAAGAUAUUUUUUGAUCAGAUGCCUGAAAAAGAUAUUGUUUCGUGGACAACAAUGCUUGCAGGAUAUGCAAAACAAGAGGAUUUUGGUUCAGCUAAACGUGUGUUAAGUGCAAUGCCUUGUCAAGAUAUUGCUGCAUGGAAUGCCCUUAUAUCUUCUUAUGAGCAGUGUGGUAAUCCAAAAGAGGCUUUAGCUGUUUUUAGGGAAUUGCAACUCAGAAAGAAUUUGAAGCCUGAUGUGGUAACUCUAGUUAGUAGUUUGGCAGCAUGUUCUCAACUGGGGGCCUUAGAUAUAGGUGAGUGGAUUCACAUGUACAUAAAAAAGGAGGGCAUCAAGUUAAAUUGUCAUAUAACUACCUCGCUGAUUGACAUGUAUUCCAAGUGCGGAGAUUUGGAAAAAGCCCUUGAAGUAUUUGAAUCAGUAAGUUGGAGGGACGUGUUUGUCUGGAGUGCGAUGAUUGCUGGUUUUGCAAUGCAUGGCUGUGGAAAGGAUGCAAUACAUUUGUUUAUGAAAAUGCAAGAAUCUAAAGUAAAGCCAAAUGCUGUAACCUUUACUAAUGUACUAAGUGCUUGUAGUCAUACGGGAUUAGUGGACCAGGGGAAGGAAUUGUUUGACCAAAUGGAACGAGUGUAUGGAGUUGCUCCGGGGGUCAAGCACUAUGCUUCUAUGAUUGAUGUACUUGGUCGAGCAGGAAAACUUGAAGAAGCAACAGAGCUCAUAAACAAGAUGCCAAUCACCCCGGGCGCGUCUGUUUGGGGAGCUCUGCUUGGGGCCUGCAGGCUUCAUGGAAAUGUUGAUCUAGCAGAACAGGCUUGUACAAAGUUACUCGAGUUAGAACCUAGAAACCAUGGUGCCUACGUGCUUUUAUCAAAUGUGUAUGCCAAAGUAGGUGAAUGGAACAAGGUUGCAUCAUUGCGAAAGCUUAUGAGAGAUGCUGACCUGAAGAAAGAACCGGGUUGUAGCUCAAUUGAAGUUGAGGGAACAGUUCAUGAGUUCUUAGUAGGAGAUAAUUCUCACCAGUUCUCCAAGGAAAUCUACACAAAGCUGGAUGAGAUUUCUUCUAAACUACAAGCAAUCGGUUAUGUUCCAAACAAAACUCACCUACUACAACUUAUUGAAGAAGAGGAGUCACAGGACCAUGCACUAAAUCUUCACAGUGAGAAGUUGGCCAUUGCCUUUGGACUGAUUUAUGCUAGUCCUUCUCAACCAAUUCGAAUAGUCAAGAAUUUACGAGUUUGUGGAGAUUGCCACUCUGUGGCUAAGCACAUUUCUAAACUCUACAACCGACAGAUAAUAUUACGAGAUCGGUAUCGUUUCCAUCAUUUUAGAAAUGGGGAUUGCUCGUGUAUGGACUAUUGGUGAAUGUGCAUGGUCAUGAAUUCCUAAUAUGAUCUCAGUUGGCAGUGCUUGAUAUUACAACUUAGAAGUUUGUAGCAUGGCCCGUUUAUAGCUGAUUCACACCCGAUUUCUCGUUACAA